AUGGCUUUCAAAGCCUCGUGGCGGGAUGAGCGUGAGUGGCUGUCAUUUCUCCGGGAUACGACGUUCUCUUCUCUAACCACAGAAGAACGAACCACUGAUGGCCGCUCUGGGGUGUUUAAUGGAGACAGAUUCGAGAAUAGAGACCCCAGACCCACAAAAGCACCACCGGAGCCCGCCUUGGUCCACGGGGAAGGAGAACAAAAAGUGGAGCAGGAAGAUAAGAAAAAUGUGAAGUUUAGUGAGAAAAAGUGUGUGAACAAGUUCAAAGUUUUAAACAAUGAGAGUUAUUUUCUUCCCACGCACUUUACUAGCAGUUCUACUGGUAGACUUUCUUAUUAUCAGAGAUCAUACUCUUCAAGCAAUAGGGAAGCCAUGGAUCCUAUAGCUGAGCUUUUAUCUCAAUUAUCAGGAGUGAGAAGUUCUGCAGGAGGACAGCUUAAUUCUUCUGGCCCUUCCGCUUCUCAGUUACAACAGCUGCAGAUGCAGCUGCAGCUAGAACAGCCGCACGCCCAGGCAGCACCACUACAACUGGAGGCUGCACACAACGCAAGCCGGCCUAACACAAGCAGCGUCACCACUACAAUCACACAGUCCACAGCAUCCACCAGCACAGCAAACACAGAAAGCAGUCAGCAGGCUCUCCAGAAUCCCCAGUUUCUUUUAACGAGGUUGAAUGAUCCCAAAAUGUCUGAAGCAGAGCGCCAGUCCAUGGAAAGUGAGCGUGCAGACCGAAGCCUGUUCGUGCAAGAGCUCCUUCUGUCCACCUUAGUGCGUGAAGAGAGCUCGUCCUCAGAGGAGGAUGAACGGGGAGAGAUGGCAGAUUUUGGUGCUAUGGGCUGUGUAGAUAUUAUGCCUUUAGAUGUUGCUUUAGAAAACCUAAAUUUAAAAGAGAGUAAUAAAGGAAAUGAGCCUCCACCACCUCCUCUUUGAUGACCUCCCAAU